AUGAGUAAAAAGAUUCCAGCUUUCAAGAAUUUAAAGUUUAAAUCAAUAUGUGAACUUAAAAUCCCAUUUAUCUUAGAAGGUCCUCAUCAAGCAGAAUCUAUUUUCUGGAAUAUUAAUUCUGAAAAUUCUCAAGAUUCCAUUACAAAUUUAAAGCAGCUCAUAAACGAAGGCCUUAUAUCAAAGAAAAUUUUCGAUAGCUUCACACAUGCUGUUGUAACAGAAAGAAUUCAAAACAAAAUGCAAUCCAUUUUCCUCUGUAAUGUGUAUAACACUGUUAGUAAACCGUACCUUAUUCCAAAUGAUCUUAAACAACUAUAUAUUCAAUAUAGUAGUCAAAUAUGCAAAAUCAUUCAAUCAGAUGAUGUCGAGGAAUAUAAAACUAAAAUGGAAGUAUCUCCCCCAUCCAACUCCUCCCAAUCUCACGUUGGACUUGCUGCUGAGUUCGGUUCAGUUAAUAUUUUUAUGUAUUUGAAAGAUCACAUUUCGGAAGAUCCAAAAAUCGUCAGAAAAGCUAUCAAAGGAGGCAACUUUGAUAUUAUUAACUACUUGUUCAAGCAACAACCAGAAGAAUUCAAGUACACAUUGAAAUUUGCUAUCAAAUCGCAUCGAAAUGAUGUUGCUGAUUGGCUUUUGAAAAACGUUAAAUGA